CAAGGGGCAAGUUGGACCGACAAGUUCGGAAUGAGCGUCCUGCGAAUGAAACAGAACUGUUUGCAUGCUUGAAAAGGUGCUGGGGGCGUUUGGACACAAUAAACUUCCAAAAAUUGCUGGAAAGGAUUAAGCGAAUCUAUGCUGCAGUGAUAAAAGCAAAGGGUGGUUAUUUUGAUAAUACUUAGCCACUCGCAUUCAUUAAAUCACAUUGACAAUGUAUAUUGUUAUAUUACACUUCAAAACCAGUCACAUUUGUUUUAAGUAUUUCUAAUAUUUUGUUGUAACAAAAGUUUGAAAAAGCAGGGUAUCAUUUAUUUUUUGCUGUGGCCUGUACUGUAACCCACGUGAGUUCUGCCAUUGUGUUCAGUCUGUGAGUAUAAUCCCCCCACCCCAGGCGCAGGCUGACGUGAAACAACAGCUCCAGUUUGUGAUCAUUCUCUCUCUCUCGGUCAGUUGGGCAUUUUUUUGCUUCCAGGGGGCAAAUUAUUUUUCUGCUGCAUUCCUGGGCACAUACUGCAGAUUUAAUAACCAUACAACAAUCACACAAUAAAUACAAUGCCACAAAAAAUAUGGAGAAUUUUUUUUUUAAUCAACAGGAUUAAAAUGUGAAGCAGUACCUUUCAUAAGUUAAUUGCAGGCUCCUAAAACCCCUGAACGUCUCUGUUCACACGAGCUCUAUGUUGCGGUCGGAGGUGACGGAAAGUCGACGGGCUGCAGCCAAACGCAGGCAGGAUUAGCCGUCGCCAGGCUUCUUGUGUCUAGGGUGGGGGCAUCGAGAUUUGGCCCCCGCCAGUCCUUCUGUGCCUCUUUGCGAUGGGAUUAAACUGUGCUGAAUCGAAGGCCGCCAUUAGCCAGCGUACUGGCUAGACGAUGGGGUCUUCUGUGCUCUGGGUUCUGCUGGAGUGUAUCUGCAGGGUGCUCGGCGUUGCCACGGCGGCAGUGCUGUGUGCGGUGGGGAUCGAGACCUUGAACCAAGGAAAAUUCCAGAACCUGGCUGUGUACCUCCUAGUAUCGUCCGGGGGCGUGUCUGUACUGGAGGUGUCCUACUUCGUCGACAGUCUCCUGGUGACAUGCCUGCCCUGCCCUCCGAAGUGGAUUGUCUUUGUUUUGUGGAAGAAGCUGUCAAACCUUGGAGGCUUCCAGAAGUUUCUCUAUUACACCAUAAUGGCGGUGGUGUGUUUUUUGCACCCAGUGCUUGCGUGGCAUGCAGUCAUCCCAGGGACCAUGUUGCUGGUUACCGGCGUGGCCUACUUCAUCCUGAGCAGAAACAAAACGUCAGCAAAGGCGGGCAGCAACCCCGAGACCUGUGACCCAGACACCAGGGCUGUGGGGCCUUCCUACUCCAUACUCCAUCUGGCAGGAGGCAGAAGGCCCAUGUUAUUGCCAUAUUGGGAGCGGGAGGCCAAAGACGGCUCACAGGCCGAGGCGGGAGUCACUGGAAGGGCAUUGGGACGGGGAUCCCGCGGGGUGCUCGAUCACCAGUGCUCCAGAGAGAGCGAGACCGGUGACACGCAGGAGGAUAUAGAGAUGCAGGAGUACGAGGAGACAGAGCAGGAGACCUCGGACAAGGCCCCCAUGGUCAGAAUGUGAUGGGGAGCUGGUCAGUGCCGUAAGCCUGAAACACUCAGCCUGGGGAAGGCGUCUCCGUGUCACUACACGCGAGAGGCCUUAAUUCUGUGGAAUGAGAGUUCCUGUAAAAUGACCCCUCCAGGGCAAACGCUGAGUAAGAGCUGGCAGCCGUCCAACGUUUGCUGAGAGCACCAUGAUAUUCAUUAAGUAAAUUGUCACCUUUUCAGGUUCUGGCUGACAGAUCACAAUCUGCCCUUGAGCAACACAGAAAUUAACUCUUCUACUGUGUUUAGGAAUGAAUAGCACACAUGUUUAAUGAAAUAAUUAAGCUUUGAAGGUAAUAAAUCCAUGUAAACAUCAUGUGCAAGAGCCUUUUGAUGGAGGAGACAGCAUCACGCCACAUGGUGGUGGACUGGGGAAGCGUGGCUCAGUCUGGUAUGUGGGCGUGUACUGGCUCGCUGAUACGUGGGCGGGGUCACGGCAGAGGACCUGGUAAGGAGGAGGCUGCCAAUGAGCUGCCAGCGCAGCCUUCCCAUCAGCCUCUUCUCAGCCAGAAGAAAAGACAGCUAAUGCUGCGUUCCAUGUGAACUCCUAGUUCCUAGUUGGAAAUUUGGACUGGAACACCCCUGAAGUUAGAAUUUCCAACUCAUGAACUGGGAGGAAUUUACACAACUCCGAGCUCAGAAUUCAAGAUGGCUGCGCCCUUUACCAACAGAAAUUAAAACUGUAGUUCUAUACUGUUUAUUAGUACUUACGUCAUGUAAUGUGUUGUUAUCAACUGAUAUUGCUAACAGUGGCUAACAAUUAACUGGGCUAGAACAAGCAGGAUUUCUUGCUUAGCCGGAUAAUUCGUCAGAUUUAAGGUAGUCUGGGCUAAAUAUAAGUGAACGAAGAAAAGACCCAUUUAAACUAAAGUAAAUUAACCUAAGCAAAAAAAACUACUUACUUUUUUUAAACAGGUCCUUGGUAUUGCUAAAUGGUUUUCUAGCUUGCUGUACUGGAAUGCAGUUAGCUUGUUUGUGAUGUCAUUCCCAGUUACGAGUUCCAACCUCCGAGGUAAAUGGAACGCAAUGUUAGGCACAGAGCCAGCGAGAGGAGUUAAGCAGUCAUGUUCAUCAUGUCUGAGUGCCACUGUGGUUUUUGUUGUUAUUGUUGUUCUUGCUGCUGUUGCUGCAGCCCUGUACUGUAUAAGUGAUGAUGGAUGGAUGGAUGGAUGGAUGCUGUCUGUACCACUACCAUGACUGUUUCUGACUGUAGCUCUGUGAUUAGCUGCUGCUGUCCUGAAGGGGGCUGGGGGGGGUCACACUGCUGUAUCUGUUGAGAGUGACGGACACCUGCUUCUUCUGGCCGGUUGCUUAGCUACAGACACCGGCAUGGUACAGCAGACAGGUCCGAGGGGACAAGGCGGGGGCCUUCCAAGGCCGCGCGCGUGCUGCAUGGCCAGAGGGCCCUUUGCGUGUGCUGGCCCCUGAGGAGGGACCCCGGCACAGGGACAUCGGCAUGGCAUCGGUGUACCACCAGCCGCACGGGGGCGAGAUGCCUGCACUGAGUGCCGUCCUGCGUACGUGGAUCGGCCCAUGUGUGCCCAACAGGAUGCUCCGCUUUCCGUCCACAGCAGUAAUGCCAUAAUUACAUCCUCUGAGGCUGAUGCAGUGUUUUCCGGCGAGGUAUUGUCCCAGUUUCCUCAGAUGACAUGAGCCCAGCUUUUGCCGGUUAUUUGUUUACCCAGAUGUCAUGCCCACAGUCUUCAGGGACAAGGUGGGAGAUGUAAAAAACAAGCCAGAGCUUAACUAGUCUGCCCUACAUUACCGUUAUUUAUCUUAUGUUUACAUGUGCUUAUCUUAGCCAAAGACCCAAUGCACUUCAGUAAUUCAUUUAUGACGCAAAGCUUUUCAUAAUUGGUUGUGUUAUCAGCAUAGAGUCAACUUUAUUUCAAAUUAGCAGGUUACAUAUCACUUUAUUUCAU